AACAUUAGCGUCAGUUAAAGAUGGCAUUCUCCUUCUUGCCUGAACUACUACACCUAGUCCUAGCACUACUUUUCCUUGUCUUCGUUAUCAAAUGUAGGAGAUCAAGCAAUCCAUUGCUGCCAACGGAAUUGCCUAUCAUUGGCAUGCUCCCUAGCCUUAUCGCCAACUGGAACAACCUCCAUGACUACGCCGCAGCCGGCUUGUCCGCCUCCGGGCACAACUUCGAGCUACGCGGCCCUCCGGCCACCAGCGUACGGUACCUCGUCACCUGCAGCCCGGCCAAUGUUCGCCACGUCUUCACCACCAACUUCACCAACUACGUCAAGGGCGAGGAGCUCGCUGCGGUCCUUGGACUACUGGGUGGCACUAUAGUCACUGCCGACGGCGAGUCCUGGCGCCUGCAGCGCGACACCAUCCAUCGUGUCCUCACCAGGCCGCGGCUGCUGGCCUCCCUAUCCCGCUGCUGCCGCGACAAGGUGGCAGGGGGCCUAGUGCCACUGCUAAGCCACUUGGCGGACGGCCGUACCACCUUCGACAUGGAGGAUUUGCUUGGGAGGCUCGUGCUCGACAUCACUGUGAUAGUGGUGUUCGGCUGGGACCCCUUCUGCUUGGCCGCGUCGAUGCCACCCAUGCACGUUGCCGCGGCCCUGGAUACUCUAAUGGAGGUGGCCAUGCGCCGGCACAUAUUGCCUGUGUCCUGCUGGAGGACGAUGAGAUGGCUCAACAUCGGCCAGGAGAGAAAACUAGCCAAGGCAGAAGCGGUGUUGUACAGGUUCGUGGCGGAGAGCAUCCAAAAAAAGAUGGCCAGUGACAGCACGGGCACGGGGGAUGAUAUCAUCUCCUAUUACAUCAAUGACCCCAACCCGGACCCGGAGUUCCUUAACCGGGACAGAGAGCCCACUGAUUUCCUCAUCAGGACAUUCAUCAACUUUAUGGUAGCCAUGCGUGACCCGAUGGGGUCAGCGUUGUCGUGGCUCGUCUACAACCUAGCCACACAUCCACACGCCAUGCUUGCCAUCCGCGAGGAGUUGGCGCCGAUCGUCGCCACACGCAAAUCAGGCGACGGUGUUGUGGUGUUUGAUCCAGACGAGACCAAAGAUCUAGUGUACCAGCGAGCGGCCAUGUUCGAGUCGCUGAGGCUGUACCCGAUCGCGCCCAUGGAGCGCAAGGAGGUCGUCGCCGAUGACCUUCUGCCUAGCGGCCACAAGGUGCAGGCCGGCAGCACCAUCCUGAUCUCGACCUACAGCAUGGCGAGAUUGGAGCAGGUGUGGGGAGAUGACUGCCGGGAGUACAGGCCGGAGAGGUGGCUGUCGUCCAACCAAGACGGGAGCGGCCACACGCUGCGGCACGUGCCGUCUCACGUGUUCGUAGCGUUCAACACCGGACCGAGGGCAUGCCUCGGCAAGAACAUCUCCGUGGCGCUGGUGACAUCCAUCGUUGCCACGGUGGUGUGGAACUUUGAUGUGGAGCUACUGGAUAGUAACACCGUGAAGCCCAAGCUGUCGGUUAUUCUGCAGAUGAAGAACGGGCUCAUGGCCAAAGUUAAGAGGAGACCAGAGGACGACUGAGGGGACACCGAUCCAAAUUAAUUGUCACUGUUUUUGUACAACUUGUACUAAAACACCAACAAUUAAUUUGAAUCAGAGAGUAACAAAUAAACAAAUAAAAUUUUACGGACUUGAGCA